GGCCACCUCCCCCUCACCAUGACAACGAUAGAUUUCCAGCAUCGUCAGAGGACACCACCUUCUACUUUCCUCGUGAUUUAGAGCCUGUUUCCUCGUUAAUUACCGUGUUUAAUAUCAUUAUCACGGUGAUGUUUCGUGAAGACGGGGUGUAAUCUGCUGUGUAGGCUCUUAAUGUGUCGGGAACCAGCCGGAGGCAGAGGGAGACGCUGUUUAACUGCGUGAACAACAUGGCUCUUCCUCAGCAUCCCCGGCUGCUGCUGCUGCUGCUCGCCGGUGUUGUCCUGCUGUGCGCAGUGCAACGCAUCCACUCCACCAGGUCUUUGCCCAUAUCGGAUCUGAAAUCCAAAAUCUCCGGGGUGGAGGAGCUGCUGGAGGAAUUCCGCAAGCAGCUGCAGCAGGACCAGGCGUACAGGACGGGCGAGGUGAGUGACUCCUGUUUGGGAGAUUUCAACGCCGAAGAGGAGCGCAUCAUCAAGACCAGGGCCUCCAUCGAGCAGGGGGCCACCUUCCUCCUGGCUCCUGACGGGGUGUACACCUGGAAGGACUGCCUGCACGCCUGCUGCUCUCAGCCGCACUGCACCGUGGCCGUGGUCCAGGAAGACCCGAGCCAGUCCGGGGACAGUCUCAGCUGCUACCUGUUCAAUUGCACCUACAGGAACCAAAAUGUCUGCUCCUUCGCUCCGCAGCAGGGCUUCAGCACAUACAGCCGAGCGGCUAACGCGACGCAGGGACACCUCCCUGUUCCAUCCAGCGGUGCAUCCAAGAGGCCCGGGGAGGGACACCCUGAGGAGGGGGAGACACAAGCUCUGGAACUCUCUGCCUCUGGACAUCAAAACGACGUAGACGAGCCUCCUCGCAGUGAUGCUGGACAGGAUGUGGUGAUCCAACUGCCCACGGACUGGGCCGUGCUGGAUGGACGGGACAGUGUGGACGACCACAGGAUCAGCCACUUUGAGUGGACCCUCGUCAAAGGUGACAAUACCAUCAAUAUGAAGGCAACUCAUCCAGGGCUGCUGAAGGUCAGCGGUCUGCAGGAGGGCGUCUACAGAUUCCAAAUGACGGUCACGGACACAGCGGGACAGAAGAGCUCCGACAACGUCUCUGUCACGGUGCUGGCACCGAAACACCAAGCAGAAGUGUGCAUGGGUCACUGCUCACGCUACCAGUUUAAGUGUGAUGACGGCUGCUGUAUUGACAUCACCUUCGCCUGUGAUGGGAAGCAGCACUGUCCAGACCGCUCCGAUGAAGACUUCUGCCAAAACUUUGACAACAACAGGAAAUCAGUAACCCACAAUGCUGCUCUGUCAACUCCUAAUCGACUUGUAGCUCAGACAGAGGUGUCUGAGGACGUCUCCGUGGUCAAAACUGGAUCCAGAAAAACUGUAGAGAGCAUCGUACCACCUCAGGACAGGAGCAAGGCCCCCCCUCCACAGAGUCCCAGUCAACAGGAGGCUGCAGCCAGUCAAGAUCCGUGUGCUGCAGCUCCAGUCGUCGGACCCUGUAAAGGAAACUUCCCUCGCUGGUACUACGACCAAACUGCAGGAGCAUGCAAACACUUUCUGUACGGUGGCUGCCAGGGCAACCAUAAUAACUUUCUCCAGGAGUCUGACUGUGUCAGUGAAUGUAUACAAAAAAGUCCGGCUUUCAAACCAGCAACUGUGGCUCCUCCCACCACCAAACAGACUGAGAUAGCUGCCCCUAAAGUCUCUCUGAAGCAACCAGAAAGUGACAUACCUGUCUCCAAACCAUUCCCAGUGAUGGGAGGACAUCCAGGACCAGAGUCUGGUGCCAUCCUUCCUCUGGCUCUCGGCAUAAUCAUCACCGCUCUGUUGCUACUCAUGAUCGGCUGUCGUCUCAGACUUGUUCGUCACAAGCUGAAGAAAGCCCGACCACUGACCACUGAGGAGUCGGAUUACCUCAUCAACGGCAUGUACCUGUAGCCAAUCAGGACCAGGCAGCAAACGCAAGAGAAACACGGGUCAUGUCACCAGAGCCUGAGCCAGGACUUAAAUUUGCACUCUGAGUUUCUCUAAUCUACCCUCACAUUCAAACUAUGCUGUCAUGAACGUUUCUGAACCUUCACACACUGAAUCAACCUGACCGAUGAAUCUGCUGCUCAUAGAUGCUGCCUUCAAAGCCAACGACACAUAUUUAGAUGCUUGUGGGUUUCAUAUUUAUGUUGUCUUAAGAAAAUCUGAUUGUAAAUCCAUGAUUGGAAUAUUUAUGUACAGCUGUCUGCCCAAUGACUUCUGGUGUACAUAGAAUAUAAGACUCCUUUGUCUCAUGUAUCAAACACUGGUAACUUUGCUUUUCAUUAAUAUGUGUCUGACAAAAAUAUGCUCUAAUUUCGCCACUGGGUGACACUAAUGUGCUAUUUUUGUGCCAUACAUCUCACCUCCCGUAAACAUGUUAGAACACAUCCUGAGUGUGGGAUUUAGUGCACUUUUUCUGAGUUAUUGUAAGUUAACAAAACUUACUUAACAUUUCUUGCAAUCCUAUAAAGCCAUAACAAAUUAUA